AUAUUGUGCGGCGAGGUUGCCGCGACCAACAAUUCCGCAGACGAUGGUUGCAGAGAAGCAGUCUUAUACCUUCGGUUUUUACUGCGUGUUCAGGUCAAAAGUCUGAAAGUUUAGGACUUUUCAAGACAGAUGAAAGUUUGACAUAAGAGUCUGGAAGUCACGAGAUUUGUGACGGUUGUUUCUGUCUCAGAAGAAAAAAAAUAAUAAUCUGAGAAGAUUUAUUACCAGACCAGCAACGUCUCCCUUCACGAUGAAGAUCAACAAGAAGCUGCUGCCAAUCAAAGUUCACUAUUUCCUCCGAUAUGCAGGUACGGCAACUUUGGUGAAGCUUUUCCCGCUGAUAGUACGGAGCAAGGGACUCUCGCCGCAGACAGUGGGAGUUCUGUGGACCGUCAUGCCCAUGGUGGGCCUCAUCGUUAACAGCAUCUGUGGCAUGCUGGCUGAUUACUUUAAGGCCUAUCGCACCAUCUUCCUGGCUAGUAUAACCAGCCUGACAGUGGGUCUUGUAGCCAUGUAUUGGAUACCAGAGCUUCCAAUCGCUGCUCAAGCCUCAGAGGAAGCUUUUAACCUCACCUUGGUGGGAAAUGCAACGCUCUCUUCCAGCACCUUCCUCGCCAACAGCAGCACGUUGGCCCUGAAGGUGGCGGGCGUGGACCCAGAGAUGACGGUUGGAGAGGGUCAGGUGACACCCCUCGCCCUAUCGCCCGGUGAGGGUACAUCGGGGAUUCCGGAAGAGAGCGAGGGUGUGGCCUCCCUCCUAUGCUACCCGCAGUUCUGGCUCAUCGUCUUCAUCCUCCUCCUAGAACAGAUUGGCCUCUAUACUUGUAUCGUGAUGACAGAUUCUGUCUGCUUCCAGAUCCUAGGUUCUGAGCGGCAUCUGUAUGGACGGCAGCGGCUGUGGGGCACAAUCGGUAUGGGCGUGAUGGCCAUCGUCUCAGGCGCGCUUGUUGACAUCUACUCCCAGGGUCUGCCACAGAAGGAUUACCUGCCCGCCAUCAUCUCCUGCAUCGUUUUCAUGUCGGCAGACAUUCUGGUGGUGGCAAGGAUGAAGAUCCCUUACUCCAGUGACGAGAAAUUAAAGAUGGGAAAAGUUGGCAACAGUCUUGUGCAUCCCGAAGUCCUUCUCUUCCUAAUGACCGUGUACAUGAUGGGCGCGUCGCUUGGCAUCGUGUGGAUAUUCAAACUGAUGUUGGUGGAGGACGUCGCCCUGGCAUGGAACUCCGACUUUCCUGCGCUCAAACUCCUUCAGGGAUUAGUUUUAGGCAUCGAAAGCUUCGGUGCAGAGAUGCCUUUCUUUUUCCUUUCAGGGAUGACAAUCAAGUGGCUGGGAUACACCGGUGUGCUUAUCACGUCAGUACUCAGCACAGGGCUGAAGUGCUCCCUCUACUACACAGUCAGCAAUCCCUGGUACUUCCUCCCCAUAGAGCUCCUUAAUGGCCUCAGUUACAGCCUCUUCCAUUCCGUUAUGGGUGCCUACGCCAGCCACAUUGCGCCGGCAGGAGCCCAAGCUACCGUUCAGAGCCUCGUUAGGGCCGCCUUCUCUAUAGGCGUGUCCACGGCUGGAUUCCUGGGCGGCCUGCUCUACAACACCCAGGGCGGAUCCAUCACCUUCCUGAAAGUGGGUGUGUUCGAUCUGAUCUACGCGUUUGUCUUCGCUCUUCUUCACUUCCUGAUCAACAAAUACUGCACAGGUGAGGCGAGCUGUGUGGCGCUGCAGGACGGUGCUAAGCAGAAUGAUCCCCGCCAACGAGGCGUCGAUGGUGGUGGUGUUCCCAGAGAAGAAAUCCCUCUAAACCGCGGGGAGCAUGAGCAGGAUUCAUGAGGGCACAAAGAAUGAGUGUGUAAGGUUUAUAGUUUAGAGUUUUCUGCUCGCUGUGAGCGGCGGGAGAAACAUUUAGAAGCAAGUCUUCUGACCUGCAUCUGUUAGUAAUUCAGUUCUACAGAGUUAGUGGAAGAAGCUGUAGUGUACGAACACGUUAGCUGCUCUCUUCAGUGACCACGCCAGAUUCCUAAAGGAACUGACUUGGUACUGGAUCUGAUAUAAUGGAAUCGAGAGACACCACGGCUGCGCAGCGUCAGGGAAAUAAGUGUCCUUGUAGAAGAGAGACUCGUGAAACUGGAAAGAAGUAAACGUUCCGAUUAUUCCUCGAGACGAUGCCGGUGUGCGUUCUCGUUAGUUCCAUUACGUUAUGUAGCAGUUAUGUCUUUCAUGAAGUAUAACUCAUUCUCUUUACCAUCUUAUAGUAUCGUAUCACAAAAUGCAAGUUUCAAUAACACAUUUCACUGAAUAAACAUUUCUAUGUGUAUGUAGAAAGUGUUCAGCCAUAAAAUAAAAAUGUUUAAACAUGUUA